AUGGUGAAGCAGAUAAAGAGCAAGUAUGCUUUUCAGGAAGCCUUGAACAGUGCAGGAGAUAAACCAGUUGUAGUUGACUUCUCAGCCACAUGGUGUGGGCCUUGCAAAAUGACCAAGCCUUUCUUUCAUUCCCUCUCUCAGAAGUAUUCCAACGAUGUCACUUCAGAAUGUGAAGUCAAAUGCACCCCAUCCUUCCAGUUUUUUAAAAAGGGACAAAAGAUGGGUGAAUUUUCUGGAACUAAUAAGGGGAAACUUGAAGCUACCAUUAAUGAAUUAACCUAA